CCCCGUGCUCUUUCUCUCUCUCCCUCUGCGCACAUGUGGGCCCAUCAAACCAGGAGGCCUUAUCACUUCGGCUUCCUCCCCUUUCUUCUAAAAAUCAUUUUUGUUCUCUCGCUACUGAGAUCCACUUCAUGUUCUACUUCUUCCUCUUCUCAAAUCUAUAGUGUUGGUAACGAUGGGGGCUAGAACCAGUGGUUUCGUGUGCGGGGUGACGAGAUUGGUCGGUCUCUCCUUUGAGUGCAGGCUGCUUGGCCGCAGCGCCGGCGUUGGAUCUGACCACGCCUCGACGCGAUUCACCUCGCCUGACAGCGUCGCCGCGCUCUCCAGUAGGGAUAACCAGGCUCUAGAUCGAAGCACCCGCGGCGACAAGGACGGUGCAGACGGCGCCGGUGGCCGCAACAAGCUUUGGUUCUCCAAGGACCAGGCCACUGUCAUCGAGGUGUGCUUCAAGAUGCACAGCACGCUCAAGCCCGCCUUGCAGAAGCAGGGCUGAUUCAUGGCCCAGAUGGGUUGAUCUGUUCUCUUUUGUGCAUCCCUACUCAUCAAAUCUACAAAAUACUCUUCUUGAAUCAAGAUAAUUUAGUUUUGUGUUGCAGGCUUGAUAAGUUUCUUUUUGUCUGUUUCUUGAUUUUCCUUGGUAGACUAGGUUGAACAUGUGCUGCUGCAGUAACUUCUGAUGAUGGAAGCUUGCAAAUUGCACAGGCUAAUUUAGUGGCGUUGGCGUUGUGUGUGUUGAUUCACAGGAGUGUAUCCAUGUUUUGUAAAAAAAAUAUGAUAGAUGAAUGUGUAACUGAUGGAUAUCAAUGUGAAACUCAGUACAAUAUAUUGUGAUUUGCUUGCA